AACACCUGGAGAAGAAACAAACUGAGUUUUAUAGUUUACUUAGGAUAUGUCCAUCUAAAGACAGCUUUGCCAAUCUUGCAAAGGUUACCCUGGCACAGGUUAUCAUUUUUAAUCGACGAAGAGAAGGAGAGGUAUCAAAAAUGCCAAUGGCUGCCUUUAAAGAAAGAAACUCAUCAGAGCUCCAUCAAGAUAUCACCAUAUGUCUGACUGAAUAUGAGAGGAAGAUGUGUCAGCACUUCACUCGUGUUGAGAUCAGAGGAAAACGUGGGAGGAAGGUCCCUGUCCUGCUAAAACUAUCAGUGGUUGCAGCAAUGGACCUCCUGGUUGAAAUGCGUGAGGUUUGUGAAGUCCCAAAAGAUAAUUUGUAUGUUUUUGCCAGACAUGGGGCAUUGACACCAUACAGAGGUGGGGAAUGUAUACACAAAUUUGCCAAUGACUGUGGGGUGAAACAUGCUGAGGCUCUGACGUCAACAAAGCUCAGAAAACAUAUCGCAACAAUGUCCAAGGUUUUGAACCUUGAGGAAAACGAGGCUGACCAGUUGGCUGACUUCCUUGGACACGAUAUAAGAAUUCACAGGGAGUUUUAUCGGCUUCCCGAAGGAACACUACAGCUCGCUAAAAUGAGCAAAGUCUUAAUGGCUAUGGAAAAGGGAACACUCUCAGACUUCAAAGGCAAAAGCUUGGAUGAUAUUGAGAUUAACCCAGAAGAAAAGAUUGAUCUUUCAGAAGAAGAGAACCCUUCAAGUGAUGAGGAGGAUCCUGCUGAUGCCAUUUUGGAACCUGAGUCUGUGAGGACCAUCCAGCCUGUCUCAGUGGUUAUUGGAGUUGGCAUAGUCCCUACAAAAGCCAAUGAAGAACCUGCAAAGCUGAGGAAGUCCAAGUGGGACAAAGAAGAAGUUAAGGCUGUUGAGCUUCAUAUGAUGAAAUUCAUCCUGACUUGCACAGUUCCUGGAAAGAAAGACUGUGUCCUAUGCCUGGAAGCAGAACCAAAUUCUUUGAAAAGCAGGACCUGGACUGCGAUAAAGAAUUAUGUCAGGAACAGAAUUACGUCACUAAAACUAAAAACAAGUUCUUAAUGUGUUUGUUUUCAAGUGUUAAUAGUCACUGUACUUAAAAAAAAAAAUAGACUGUACCACUUAAACAUUAAU